GACCUAGCUAGCUGAGUAGAACUCGUCUCUCUUUGUUCGAGUCGCAGUUUCUCAGCUUCGCACACAGCCUCCGCUCGAGUGAACUGCGAGUCAGAGAACCCGUUGUGGAUUUGAUUGGUUGAAGCUCGAAUAAAGCAUCUCGAAGUAUGAGCGACUACGGCAGCGGAGGAGGUAGGCUAGACCGUAAUGGUGCGGAUCAUGAGAAGGACGAAUUCGGUGGCGGUGGCGACCCUGACAAUCUUGGCGAUUCCAAAUCCCAGCGUGACUAUGAGAGGGAUUCCGUGAGAAGUAGAGAUAGAGAAAGGGUGCGUGACAAAGGUAGGGAUAGGGACAGAGACCGUGACAGGGAGAGGGAUAAGGAUAGGGAGAAAGAUAGAGAUAUUGAUCGACACCAUAGAGGAGGAGGGCGUGAUAGGAAUCGUCACAGAGAUGGCAAUGACAGGAGAGAAAGAGGCAGAGAUAGAGGCGAGGAUGAUAAUCAUCGGAGCAGAGACUAUGACAGGCGAAGAGAAAAUGAUAGAGAGCGUGAAGAUAGGCCCAGGCUUCGUUCUAAGUCUCCUUCGAGGGGUAGAUCAAGGCAGAGAUCGAAAUCUCGUUCUCGGUCUCCCUCCAGUUCAGGAUCACGUUCCAAGAGCAAAAGGGUGAGUGGCUUUGAUUUGGCUCCUCCUGCAUCUGCAAUGGCUGCUGCUGUUGCUGCUGUCAAUGCUGCUACUACAGGCCAAAUUCCUGGAUCCGCUCCUCCCAUCCCAGGAAUGUUUCCAAACUUAUUUCCGACUCCUAAUGGACAGUUUGGUUCUCUGCCUGUCAUGCCCAUUCAAGCAAUGACUCAGCAGGCUACUAGGCAUGCUCGGCGGGUCUAUGUUGGAGGGCUUCCACCAUCAGCCAAUGAACAGUCUGUAGCUACCUAUUUCAGUCAGGUCAUGGCAGCCAUUGGAGGAAACACUGCUGGCCCUGGGGAUGCUGUUGUAAAUGUCUAUAUAAAUCAUGAAAAGAAGUUUGCAUUUGUGGAGAUGAGAUCUGUUGAGGAGGCCAGUAAUGCCAUGGCUCUAGAUGGAAUUAUCUUUGAGGGUGCACCUGUCAAGGUACGUCGGCCUAGUGAUUAUAACCCCUCCCUGGCUGCAACACUUGGUCCUAGCCAACCCAGUGGUAACCUUAACCUUGCCGCGGUUGGAUUAAGUCCUGGCUCUUCGGGUGGGCUCGAGGGUCCAGAUCGAGUAUUUGUGGGUGGGCUACCGUAUUACUUCACAGAACCACAAAUCAGAGAAUUGUUGGAGUCUUUUGGGGCUCUUAGAGAUGUAGCUUGUGCUGCUUUGAAUGGAAUUAAAAUGGGUGAUAAGACUCUCACUGUUAGGCGCGCCAACCAAGGCAGCAGCCAACCUAGACCUGAACAAGAAAGUGUACUACUACAUGCCCAGCAGCAGAUUGCAAUACAGAGGCUUAUGUUACAACCUCCAGCAACUAAAGUUGUAUGCCUAACUCAAGUAGUUACUGUGGACGAGCUCAGAGAUGAUGAUGAGUAUGAAGAGAUAAUGGAGGACAUGAGAACAGAAUCCAGUAAAUUUGGUACAUUGGUGAAUGUCGUCAUCCCCCGCCCACAACCGGAUGGUAGUGCUUCUCCUGGUGUUGGAAAGGUGUUCCUGGAGUACGCAGAUGUUGAUGGUGCAACAAACGCCCGAGCAGGUAUGAACGGGAGGAAAUUCGGCGGCAAUGAGGUGGUGGCUGUGUUUUAUCCAGAACACAAGUACAAUGCAGGAGAGUACGAUGGCUAAUGCCAUGGGAUGGGAACUCUACAACUCUGCUGAAUGUUUGUUGGAUUGUGUACUUCUGUUAUAGUUUCUUCGUCAGUAGAGCUGUAGGCGGCUGAUGAAGAUUGAUGAUGUGAUCAUUUUAGCCUCUGAAUGAUAAUAUUAUUAUAUGUAACUUGAUGAUUACUACUACGCUCUGUCUAGGCUCUCUCACCAACUCCCAACUGUGUAAUGCUUACUUCUCUUUUUCGUUCCUAGAAUGAA